AUGUCGCACCUGCCUGCGAACCCGUUCGAGAAGGCUGAUGUGUUUCACUUGUUUGACGCCAUCCCUCCGGCAGCCUCCACAUCCACCGCGACGGAUGGCGGAAGCGAUGACGACCUCGCACCCAUCACGGAGGUGCAGUACAUCGCGCUCCUGUACAUGAUGGCGGCGCAGCUGGGCAUCUCACAUGCUGAGGCAGAACGCGUGUUUCCAUCCUACAAGCACAGGCUUCAAGCUGUCGAAGCAGCAGACGCCUCUAUCGACGCCACGUCAUCACAGCUCCCUCCCUUUUGCUCCCACCUCUCUCGGGAAGGCGCCGCGGCGUAUUACUGGGCUCAACCCGACGCCCACACCAUCCCCGACGUGCGCUGCUGCGAUGCCAGGGAGAUGCACAAGCAGGAAGCGUUUCCGGCGCCCGGCCAUGGUCCGCAUGUGCACUGCCUUCGAUGCUUCCAACAGUCCAUUGAACGUGCACCGCCGUCCGGGUUGGGGGUUCCACCGCCAGUCGUCGCCGACUACCGCGAUGCCGCAAGUCUGCAGCUGCACCUUGAGGAGCAUCGGACGCGCUAUGCGACGUGCCUGCGCAUCCUGGAGGAGAGCAACAGCAGCCUUGGCGCAGCGGGGGAUAGGCUCUCUGACGAGGGUCUUGAAGCUUUCGAAGCAGCGGCCGAAGAGGCGAGCCGUCAUGUGUGUCUAAUGGCAUCACUGGGAACGGUGGCGUGCCCCUUCGUCGUCUUCUACUGCGCCAAGUGCGACACCUUUGCCCCGCUGGUGCGCUUCCACCCCGUGAGCGACGCAGCGAUAAACAGUGCAAGCUCGGUUGUGGCUGAUACCUGGGUGGCCACGGAAAGCGCUAGCAUGGUGCUGAGCCGACUCCUGCUGAGCUGCCAUGUCCUAUACAUGCUCGAUGCAGAGCGCUUCAGACGGCAACGCCACAGCGCUCAAAAUGCACGUCAGAACUCGGCCACCAAUGCAACACUCAGCUCACAGCACCUCCUCUACAUGUUCAAACCCCUUCUCUUCUCCCCGGAAACGGAGGAGCCCUUGAUGGAAGAGUUCGAGUCAGGAGCAGAAUGCACGUAUGCCGCGGUGGUGCUGCCGAAUGCGAGUGUGGCCGGUGAUCCCCCUCAGUUACUCCUGCGAGAAAAGGCAGAGGGGGAUGGAUCAGACGUGACGCCGACGCUAUCGCGCUUUUCCCCGGUGGUUAUCGGGUUCGCAAUGGAGUGGGCGACAGCGGCGCUUGUGGAGAAGAAGGUCGCGAUGGUGCUCGAGCACUCCAACAGGGCAACGACUGUUUGCUCACAGGAAGGCGGAGAGCCGUCCCCCUGCUCGCCCGCCUCGUCAUUGUCUACGCCGCCAGCCUUCCACGUCACGACGCGGAUGGUGUACAUUGUGGAUACGGGGAAAUGGGCGGUGGCACACGUCCUCUACCACCGCCUACUCCCCGCUGACGCUGAGCUGCCGCUGGGCUACGUAGACGAAGCAGAUGACGGGAUUCGCGUGCAGGACGUGUACGAGGUGGAUGUGCCGAUGCCAGCGUGGACGGAUCGCUGCAUUAGUAAGAGCGAGCCGAAAGCAGCAGACGAGUCGAGCGGCGAAGGUGAGGAGAGGGGAGAGGAGGUCUGUGACGAUGCUGUGGAGAUCGAUGCGCUUGCCAUGGAUGGAUGUCCUUACUCCCUGGAGUCGCGUUCCAUCGACUUCUUCACGCGCAUGACGGCACUGGCCAAAGCAAUGCACGAGCUGGCUACGUGGCGGCUCAGCAUUGACGAGAACAAGGGACCAUCAUUGCCGUGA